UUCGUCCUUUCAUAGACCUAGUACAAUUGCAAAAUUCUUUGUUCUAAACUUAGGGAUUCUUUUCUCAUUUUAAUCUCUUAAACCAUCCAAUCAAACGAUCUCUUUCCUUCCUUGUACUUAAUCUCUACCUUGAUUCUCCCUCGAAAAUUGCCUUAAGCUAAUUGAGAGUUUGUGACAUAAUAUUCCCCUACUUUUACAUGCUCCACCCUCUACAUUUCUCUAUUCCCCUUUUCUUUAAUCUGGGGGUUUUAAUUCUGAUUAUCUCUUCACAAAACUAAAACCCCAUUUCUUAUUUUCCCCUCUAAUUUCUUAAUUUUCAAGUAUUAUUGGAAAGCAAGAAAAAUAUUUUCAGGGUUUUCGGCAAGUUGGGAAUUUUUCUGUUGCUUUUGAAAAAUGGAUUCUCAAGUGAUGGUUGCCCUUGCUCUUUCACUUGUUGGUGGGUUGAGUACAUCUUUAGGUGCACUUUUUGUGGUUCUUAGUGAAGCGCCAAACAUGAAGAUGCUUGGUCUCUUACAGGGCUUCGCUGCAGGUCUCAUGCUUAGCAUAUCAUUUCUAGAUUUGGCUCACAAUGCCAUAAACUCUAUUGGCUUCUUGAAAGGAAACAUAUGGUUCUUCGCAGGUGUCAUUUUCUUUGCAAUAAUUUCCAACUUCAUCCCAGAACCAACACUCACUCCUAGUUCAAAUACAAAAAGCAAGAAGCGGAAAAAUGUGGAUGAAAAGGGCAAGGAUAUAAUGAAAAAGCAUCAGCGCCAAGUUCUGUACAGUGGCAUAAUUACAGCCGUAGGUAUAAGCUUACACAAUUUUCCAGAGGGAAUGGCAGUUUUUCUGGGAUCCAUAAAGGGCCUUCGUGUGGGUCUGAAUUUGGCUUUGGCUAUUGCUUUACACAACAUUCCUGAGGGUGUUGCUGUUGCUCUUCCAAUUUACUUUGCAACGCGGAGCAAGUGGCAAGCAUUUAAGAUAGCAUCACUCUCUGGUUUGGCAGAGCCCUUGGGUGUUAUACUUGUAGCUUACCUAUUCCCCGCGAGUCUAAACCCUGAAAUCCUCGAGGGCCUUCUUGGAGCAGUUGGUGGAGUGAUGGCUUUCCUAACCUUACAUGAGAUGUUGCCUCUAGCAUUUGAUUAUGCUGGUCAGAAACAAGCUGUUAAAGCUGUUUUCUUUGGCAUGGCUUUUAUGUCGGCAAGCCUGUAUUUCCUGGAAAUAAGCCUGCCAGCAGAGAUGAGUUUAUAAGGCACCAACUUCUAAGAUGAACAGGAAUUGCAUUUAAUUACCUGUUGUUACCCAAAUAAUUGUGAAUAUUUUAUGUUAUGUUUUAAGUUGUAGUAACCAUUGAAUAAACUUAAUUUAUCAUUCUUGUACUGUUACUCUUACAAAUCUUACAAUUAUUUUCUUAAAAAUAAUCAAAUAAUACGUUGUUUGAUUUUAUCAA